AUGAAAUCAAAUACUGAGUCCCUUGCAUGGGAGAAUUUACGUUAUGAUCUACAUCCAUGGAUUAAAGAAGCCAUAGCAUCAAUGGGGUAUCCGACAAUGACUCCAGUUCAAGCAUCAACUAUCCCAUUAUUGAGUGGUAAUAAAGAUGUUGUAGUUGAAGCAGUGACGGGAUCAGGGAAAACAUUAUCAUUUGUUAUCCCAGUAUUGCAAAAAAUAUCAGAUAGAUUGUAUAAACCCGAUAGUGAUGGGGAUCUACCAGAACCAGUUAAACGAGGACAUAUGUUAUCUAUUGUAUUAUCACCAACAAGAGAAUUAGCUAAUCAAAUUCAAACAGUUUUCAAUCAAGUAUUACAAUAUUUGCCUGAAGAUGACAAUUAUAAUAAUAAAUCAAGGCGUAUUGGUACACAAUUAUUAGUUGGAUCUAUAGGUAAUGUUCGAGAUGAUUUAAAUCAAUUUUUACAGAAUCAACCACAUAUAUUAAUUGGAACUCCGGGGAGAAUAUUAGAAUUUUUAGGUAGUUCACAAUCGAUUAAAACAUCAUCAUUAGAAAUAGUUAUUCUUGAUGAAGCUGAUAAAUUAUUAGAUUUCCUGUUUGAAAAAGAUGUGAUUAAUAUUUUGAAAAAAUUACCUAAACAACGUCGAACAGGAUUAUUUUCAGCAACAAUAUCUUCUGCUGGUAAUACUAUAUUUCGAACUGGAAUGAAUAAUCCCGUUAAAGUUCAAGUGAAGUCGAAGAAUUAUUUAGGUGAACAAAGUAAUUCCCCCAAGAGUUUACAAUUAUCAUAUAUGUUGAUUAAUCCUGAAUUGAAAAUAACUAAUUUGUUAACGAUAUUAUCGAAAUAUCAAUAUAAAAAAGCCAUUGUUUAUUUCCCCACUUGUACAUCAGUCAAGCAUUUUUAUCAAAUUUUUAACAAAAUUUAUCAAAACCAUCCACCUGCUACUGAUGGUGAAGAACCGCUUAAGUUUUUUUCAUUACAUGGUCAACUAAAUACCAAAUCAAGGUUGAAAACAUUAGAUAAUUUCACUCAAGGUGAUAUUAAUCUUUAUAAACAUAUUCUUAUGACUACUGAUGUUGCUGCCAGAGGAAUUGAUAUUCCUGAUGUUGAUUUAGUGAUACAAAUAGAUCCACCUACUGAUCCUAAUGUUUUUUUACAUCGUUGUGGAAGAACUGGAAGAGCAAAUAAAGUUGGUCGUGCUAUAGUAAUGUUGAAUGAUAAUUCUCAAGAAGAAGAUUAUAUUGAGUUUAUGGAAGUCAAAGGAAUUUUAUUAUCAAAACAAGAUUCAAUACCAGCGGUAAAAAAUUUCCAUAGUGAUUUCCAAAAAAAGCUUCGAAAAUAUAUGCUUGAAGAUCGGGCUCGACAUGAAUUAGCAGUGAAAUCAUAUGUUGGAUUCAUUCGAUAUUAUUCUAAACAUAUAGCUAGUUCGAUUUUCCGAUUAGCUACAUUAGAUUAUUUGGCCAUUGCUAAAAUGUAUGGAUUAUUACGAUUACCGAAAAUGCCCGAAACGAAAUAUAUUGAUAAUACCUUGAUGCCUACAGAUGGUUGGUUAGGGGAUGUUAUAGAUAUGGAUAAAUAUAGUUAUGCUGAUAAAGUUCAAGAGCAAAUUCGAUUAGAAAAUCUAGAAAAAGAUAAAUUACAAAAAAUUCAAAAUGCUAAAAGAAGAAAAGAAUUGAAAAUUAAAAAUGAAGCUUGGUCAAGUAAAUUAGAACGUAAAGAAAAUAAAUUGGAUCGUAAAGAAAAAUUGAAAAGGAAACGUGAAGCUAUUGAAAAACAAAUCAUGGAAGAAGCUUUAAGUGGUGAUGAUGAAGGAGAAGAAGAAGUGGUUGAAGAUUGGAAAGAUAUGGUCAGAAAGAAUAAAAAAAAGCAAAAGAAUGAUAGUUCUAUACAAGGUUCAUUUGAUGAUUUAUAA